ACAAGGUAUAAAUACGGUUCCGGUGGCUGGUUGCGUCACCUGCCUACGCACCUUCACAACGGAUAGAAUGUGGACCUUUACACGGCUGACGCUUUGCCUUCUCAGUGUUGCCGUUUUGGCACGAGGAGCGAGUCUCCCAGACGGCACCACAGAGGCUGACUGUUCCCAGUACAACUUGCCCAUGUGCCCCCGCAACUUCGAGCCCGUGUGCGGAAGCGACGGCAGCAGCUACUCUAACGAAUGCAUGCUGUGCUUUCAGAACAUGGAGCGGAAGAGUAACAUUCUCAUCCGGAGUAAAGGAGAGUGCUGACCCAGACAUGACCGUCCAUUGUCUCAGCGACCCCACCCGGCCCCUCAACAUUACUUUAAACCAUUUCCUGUUGCCUUGUCAAAACACUGACAUCUAUUUUAUUGCUUUCUAAAUGCUGAGGAGUCAGUAAGCGACCUGUUUCAAGUGCCUCAAUAUAUAUUCUGUUUCCUUCUCCAAACCUUAUGGACUUCCUGUUUGUCAGUCUUCUGAAGAGCACUUAACCUUAGUCUUUAAGACUUGUGUAGUGUACUUCUUGGUGGUAAAAUUGUAUUUUUAAAGGGAAUUAUCUUGUGUGUUUACUUGUCCACCUUUUUAUCUGUAAUUAAAAGCAUUUUUAGCAAA